CCCCCUAAGUUCAGAAAGAAAAAAGAGAAAAAUAAUACAGUACAAUAAUAAUCAAACGCUUGCAGGCGUUGACCACGACCGGUCAAAGGCGUUCUCCCCUUCAUCAUCAUAUCCGUCAUCCGGGCGCCUCGCUGGCUUGUUCCAUUCCGUCUUCGGGUCCGGAGGUCGGAGGUCCUCCCUGGCCGUACUCCGAAAUCUACCCACUCCCUCCGGCGCCGCUGCAGUGCCACCCCUCCAUCGGUCCAUCCCCAAUCCGCUAUGCAACCGCUACUCCUACUGCUACUCGCUUCCUCCCUCCUCCGGCCGCCUGCGGCGGCCAGCGCGGCAGACUCGUCAUCAGGCUGCUGGCCCAAGACAUGCGGGCACCUCAACGUCACCUACCCGUUCUGGGUGGAGGAGCCCGGGCGGGCCCCGUGCGGACCGCCGUCCUUCCAGCUCAAGUGCAACGGCAGCGGCGCGUUCCUGAGCAUAUCCGUCUACCAGGCCUACCAGGUGCUCGACAUCUUCCCCGAGAACAGCUCCUUCCACGUGGUGGACCACAACCUCCCGCUCGCCACCGGCUGCCCGGCGCCGACGAUGAACAUCUCGCUCUUCUCGCCCGGGACAUUCGUCUUCAGCGGGCUCAACAGGGAGCUGCUCUUCCUGGGGAAGUGCACGGGGUUCCCGCCGGCGGAGUCGGCCGGGUUUCGCAGCCUGCCUUGCGACAACAGCUCCUUUGUCCGGCUCGGCGACGGCCGGAAUUUCUCGAGCCAGGGCAUCCAGGGCGGCGUCCCGCACGGCUGUCUCUUCACAGUGGUGCCGGUUCUCGGGGCUCCUGAUGGAAAUGGGGACGACGACGACUACGUCGCCAGCAUGAGGAAUGGGUUCCUCGUGGAUUGGAAAGCGGUGCCAGGGGAUUGUCCCAAGUGCAUGGCACGCGGCGGGGAAUGCACGUACGGCGGUCCCGACGCCGAGUUCGCCUGUGAUUGCUCCGGUGGCAAGUGCGGAGGAAACAGCAACAAAAAUAGGAUACUCGGAAUUGUUUGUGGAGUAGCAGGAGGCGGUCUAUUGGUAGUGUCAGUGUGCUUCUUUUUUGUCUGGCGCAAGCACAAAAGAAGGAAACAAGCAAGAGCACCGAAUGGCUGCAUGCGUAGCGAAUCUUCGAUGCAAUCGUAUAGCAAAGACCUUGAGUUGGGUGGCUCUCCACACAUUUUCACUUACGAGGAGCUUGAAGAAGCUACUGAUGGAUUUAAUGACUCGAGGGAGCUUGGUGAUGGUGGUUUCGGAACUGUUUACAAAGGGAAACUCCGGGACGGGAGAGUCGUUGCGGUGAAACGCCUGUACAAGAACAACUACAAACGGGUGGAGCAGUUCAUAAACGAGGUAGACAUUUUGUCCCGCCUCCUCCACCAGAACCUGGUCAUCCUCUAUGGCUGCACAUCCCGUAGCAGCCGCGACCUCAUGCUCGUGUACGAGUUCAUCCCCAACGGAACAGUCGCGGACCAUGUCCACGGAUCCCGUGCGUCGGAGCGCGGCCUCACGUGGCCUCGAAGGAUGAGCAUCGCCAUAGAAACAGCUGAGGCGCUGGCGUACCUCCACGCGGUCGAGAUCAUACACCGUGACGUGAAGACCAACAACAUACUGCUGGACAACAGCUUCCACGUGAAGGUCGCCGACUUUGGGCUGUCGCGCCUGUACCCUCCUGAAGUCACCCACGUGUCGACCGUCCCACAGGGCACGCCGGGCUACGUCGACCCGGUGUACCACCAGUGCUACAAGCUGACCGAGAAGAGCGACGUGUACAGCUUCGGCGUCGUGCUGGUCGAGCUCGUGUCCUCUAAGCCAGCCGUCGACAUGGGCAGGAGCCACAGCGAGAUCAACCUGGCCAACAUGGCUCUCAACAGAAUCCAGAACCACGAGGUGGGCCAGCUGGUCGACCCUGAGCUCGGGUACGAGACUGACGGUGAGACGAAGAGAUCCAUAGAUCUCGUGGCUGAGCUGGCGUUCCGGUGCUUGCAGCUAGAAAGGGAUUCACGGCCGUCGAUGAAGGAAGUGGUGGAGGCCCUGAACCGUAUCAGGAACGGGGAUUCACUGGAGAAUAACAAGACGGACAGGAGCUCCUCGUCUCCUAAGGAAGACGCACGCCUGCUGACGAGUAGCAUACAGUACUCUCCUGACUCGGUAAUCCACAGAUUCCAUAGCCAAUCAACCACGCACUCGGCAGCGUCAAAUGCUAGCGGGUGAGAUAGAUACCCGGCCAUGUGUGUAUAUACCGAUCCUGAAGAAACGAAGCCCUUACCAGACGAUGUUUGUGUACAGUGUAGAGAUCUGCCAAUGAGCUGAUUCAUCUGGGUGAGUUGUUUCUUUUCUCUUUUGUUGACUGGUUCGUAGUACAAUGUAUACAGUCACGCUGUAGCCACAGCAGGAGCUUGGCAUAAAUUAAGACAUUAUUAGGCAAAGCAGUAGAAUCAGUGUCAGGCCAAAAUUGUACUGUAGGAACUAUUUUUUUCGUUUUGACGAAUGAAGGGGGGCUCUGCCGAUGACAGAAGUAGAGCUACACGAAAUAGGAAGGAAUAAAAGCUGUAUACUUCGUACUCUAAUUGGCUGAGAGGCCACCAUUUGGUUU